AUGAGUGGACUAACUAACUCGCUUAACACUGAACUCUUACAACUUUCAAAUGAAGCACGGCGCAAGCAUCCUGAAAUUAAAGAGGCUGCAGAGAGAUCACUAAUUAUUUUACGAACACUUAAAGAACGACCUGGCAUGGAUAUUUCACAAGAAUUGGCAAAAAAUACCGACUUUCUUAGACCUUUUCUUCUGGCUUGUGAAACAAAGCAUGUAAAGUUAAUUACUACUUCUAUAGGAUGCUUACACAAAUUAAUAUCACAUCGUGCAAUAUCAGAGUCUUCUGUUAAAACGAUUCUCAAAAUACUUAAUGACGUAAUGUCACAAGGUGUUGUUGAAAUACAACUUAAGAUUCUACAAACUGUUCCACCAUUGUUGAGUAAUUAUCAUACAUUACAUGGAGAUCUAUUAGUUGAAGUGGUUUGUAAUCCUUCUUCAUCAUCAUGGCAAUUUUUAAGAUUUCGUGAUGAUAAACUACAACCAAAUUUUUCUACUGUUGUUGAUAAAAUACUACAAAGUAUCAAAGAUGGUGUUGAUAAAGAAACACUGAUUCUACAAUCAAAUAAAAUACGUGAUUCUUGGAAGAGAAGAGAACAAGAAAGAAAACAACGA